AUGCCUCGUCAAGGAAGAUCUGGAAGGGGAAGCGCCCCAUCUCGACCAACAGUCGCCGCCCCCAGCAGACCUUCACCUACAACCCAACAAACCCGACCGGCAACUACUGCUGCAUACCCACCAAGGCCAGCGGGCGCAGCUCCUCCAGCAGCCCCCAAAGCACAAGCAGGUACUCCACAAACCCAAAGCUCUGGUUCAGGCUUACUUGGGCAAGUGGCCAGUACUGCAGCAGGUGUCGCCAUCGGAUCUUCAUUAGGCCAUGCAAUUACCGGUUUCUUUGGCGGUGGAUCUAGUGCACCUGAGGCAGCUCAAGAUAAUGCUGUAGCAUCCCAGACUCAAGAGAAGAACCAGUUCGGCGAACCAAACUGUGGCUUCCAGGUGAAGAGCUUCACCAAUUGCAUGGAUGAGAAUCAAGGAAACAUGUCAAUAUGCAACUGGUAUUUGGAGCAAAUGAAAGCGUGCCAGAGUACAGCAAGCCAAUAUUAA